CUUUCUCCAAAGGAAAUGGUCGGUGAUGUGGAUCUGGAGUUCUUCCAGGUACAGUUCUUUAGGAUGCACUUCUUUCUCAGGUACCUUUAGGAAUAUAUAAAAUAACAUUAACUGUCCAGAGGUGACCGGGAGAGCAGCACCAUUUAUGCACAGAGACAGGAAACUGGGAAAGUCUAGAAAGAAUUUACUCUCAAAAAUGUAUUUCCAAACAGGUACAUGAUGAACACGGGAUGAAUCUGGUGUGGAUAAACUCCUAGAGCCACAAUUUCUCUUCAGGAGCUCUGACAGGCGUGUGAUGCUUCCCUCUACCGACCCCCAGUGUCGGUGCCGAGGUGGAACACACGGAUCAACCAAAAAUCAGCACAGAAAUUACAGAUUCUUCGAUUAGUAAAGGGAAAUAACCCUCUGCAGAGCUAAACGGGGUAAAAAACCCCAAUUAAAUACUAAAUGUACUUAAAUUCAGAGAAUUCUAUGCAAGUCUGUGAUGAAAAGCAGCUGUUUGUGGCCUCCCUGGUUAUCACUCUUGGUUUCUUGAUACAGAAUCUCAGCUGACUCUCUUUGGGGAGGCUGAAGGGAUAAAGAACAGGUACAAAAUGACAAACAAGAAGAAAAAUACUCCCCUUCCAGUCUAUAACAGAGAGUUUGGGUAAUAAGGUAGGACAUUAGGGGGUAUUAGGGAAUGUGAAAUAGGUACAACAUCAAUGCCACCAUCAAUUUAUUGAUUGCAGUGAGAGCUUCCUGCAGGGUCCAAAAUUCACAGGGGUGAAAAGGAUCUGUCUUCCUGGGGCAACUCACACUGAAACAGGGAAGAUCUGGAGAAAACACCCCAGUGGACUUGACAGGAGAGGAAAAAAAUGCCCAAGUGAGUAAUAAACAGGAAGAAGACAGGAAGAAGCGAUUCAGUGGUUUUCUCUGCUCUGUUCUAGACCGUGGUGUUUUCUGAUCCCUCUCAACAACUGCUUUGUUUAUUUUGUUUAAUGUGUCUCCUGGUGGAUUCCAAACAAACCACAUCCAGGCUGGAAUGAUGAGGUGGCUGCAGGCUGAGAGAAGAUCAGAGUGGGUUUUCACUUCAGCUGUGUCACAGGUGCUCCCUCUUGUCCUUACCGACGUCAGUCGCCGUCUCCGGAGCUCUAGAGCUGGAAUUUCAUGUGUUGGGGGGGUUCUUUUUGCUUCUUAAACCACUGACAAUUUGCUCUGUGCCCUCCUCCCUGUUAUCACUAUGGCUGGGAACAACUUCCUGAGGGCUGGGGCAAGAGGCAGCUCUGGGGGUCCUCACUGCUCCGCAGCCGGAGGCUCCUCCUCGUUCUCCUGCUUCUCCGGCUGCGGUUCCGGCGGGAUGAGGCACUGCACCUCCUCGGAGCUGAUGGCCACCUUGUCAGGCUGCAGCCAGCGCUUCAGGUGCUCCAGAGUGCUGGGGGACAGAGAGACACACACUGAGAGCAGGCAGCAACAAAGCCUCGCAGGAACGUGCGGAAGGAGCGACGGGAAAAGCCUCCACAGGGAAAGAAGAGAAGGAUCUGGACUCCUCUAUCAAAAAAAAAGCCGCUGCUGUGCCCGUGGGAUGAGCCGCCUGCCGCGCCGCGCGGUGCUGGCAGUCAUGGGGCUGCUGUUCGCCCGGACCAUGGCCUGGACAUCCAGCGGGAAGACACACGCGGAGCUGGUCAACAACCUCUACAAAAAAGGGAUCGUUAAGUCCCAGCGAGUCUUCGAUGUGCUGUUGGCCACGGACAGAGGUCACUACAUCAAGUAUUACCCGUACAUGGAUUCUCCUCAAUCCAUUGGCUACAAGGCCACGAUCAGCGCCCCACACAUGCAUGCCCACGCCCUGGAGCUGCUCAAGGAUCAGCUGGUGGAAGGUGCCAAGGCGCUGGAUGUGGGAUCUGGAAGUGGAUACCUCACUGCGUGCUUUGCCAGGAUGACUGGCCCGACAGGGAAAGCUGUGGGAGUGGAGCACAUCAAGGAGCUGGUGCACGAAUCCAUCCGGAACGUCCAGGAAGACGAUCCGACGCUGCUCAGCUCCGGCCGCGUGAAGCUCGUGGUUGGAGAUGGCAGGCAGGGAUACCCCGAGGAGGCUCCGUACGACGCGAUCCACGUUGGAGCGGCCGCAGCGACCGUCCCCAAGGAGCUGCUGAACGAGCUGAAGCCGGGUGGGAGGCUGAUCCUGCCCGUUGGGCCCGAGGAAGCGAACCAGGUCCUGAUGCAGUACGACAAAACCAGCGACGGGCACAUCGUGGAGACCCAGCUCAUGGGCGUCAUCUACGUCCCUCUGACUGACAAGGAAAAGCAGUGGCCUCGGGGCGAACUCUGACACAUGGAUGGAUAUCCCUAAAGGCACCUCAGAAAGCUCAUGAGUGGGACUUAGGCCUGUAGAUGGUCGGUAUGGUUUUGCUUUUUAACGGAAAUUUUAUCCAUGGAUAAAGGGAAGGGAAGUUGUGCUUCAGCAGAGCUCAUUCCGGAGGGAUGGAGAACAGGGGCAGCACCAGAGAAGGCUCUUGGAGGCCACGGCAGCUUCCAGGAAGUGGAUCCGGAUAACUCCAGCUAUCCUCUCCGAUAAACUACAGAUAACAUCAGAGAAUUCCAAAAGCAGGCAGGAAUACUUAAACCUUCACUAAAACAGUUUUAAUAUCGACUACUCUGCUUAAUGCUUGGUGAAAAGAAGUCACAAUUAUUGUCUCAGA